GUUUGCCUUUUUGAAGGCUUUCCUCCUAGACAAGGAUUUGGCAACUAUCACGGUAUCACCGUAUUUCGAGGAGCUUUCGGAAAGCAAAGAGAAAGAACUCUAUGAAGAGCUGCCGUUUUGCCUCAUACAGGAACGCUACCAGAACUUACCAGGAGGAGCCAAGUUACUGGAGGACAUCAAGAACA